AUGUUCCUUAAUCCUUAAUUAAUAGAGGAUGCUCAAGAAUCUGCUAAUCAAACUCCAUAAUAUAGUUAAAGAUAAUAACCUAAAGGAAGAUCAAAUGUUACUAAAUUUUAAGCAAAAUCAAAAGAAGAGCCUAAAUAAGAAAAUAAACCUUUGAGUAGAAUUUAAUAAGUAAUAAUCAUAAUAAAGAUUUCAGAAAGAGAUAGAAAUAUAGAAGAAAUAGUCAGAAUCUCAAAUAAAAUAGAAUGAUGAAAUGGUUGAAAGUUUAGUUUAAUUCGAUUCAGAUCCAGAAUAAUAAGACACAAAUAAAUAUACAAAUCCAUUAAUAGAUAGUCAAAAUAAAUAAGAAGAAUAAAGAGUAUAUAAUAAAUAAGAAGAAUAAAUAGUAUAUAACAAUAUAAUUAUUUAUAGCCUUAACAAUAAACUAAACUAUAAGGCAAAAUUGAAUUCAAAUAGUAAAUUGUAUUAAAGAACAAUUAACAAUACAAAAAAAAUCUUGGUCAGAAUUAAUCUACUUAUGAUUAAGAUUUCGAAUUAGAAAUUGAGAAAGUAACUAUCAAAAUUUAUAUAAGUUAUCUAUAAUUGGAAAUAAUCAUAAUUAAUAUUAUGAACCUGGUCAAUAAUUAAGUUAGAAUGAUUCAUUACCUUAACUCUAAAAGAAGGAUCAAAAAAUUUAAUUUGUUGAAACUUUAUAUUAACAAACCAAACAACAAUAAAAUAAUAUACAAGAAGAUUAGGUUAUUAUAUAAAAUUAGUUAAUUUAAGAAGAAGAGAAAAUAAUAUAAAAUAAUGAUAAAUAUCAAGAAUUAUAAGAUAUAGAAGGUCAAGAUGAAGAUGAUGAAUUAUUAUAUUAAUAAUAAAAAGAAUAAGAAAUAAGGAAAGAGUUGAAAUAAUAAAAUGACAAAAUAUAAAUGGAUCUCCCCCAUGAUACACCAGAAGUUGUAGAGUAAGAAGAAAAUAAACAACAAAUCCAAUAAGUUCCUUAAGAAUAACCUAAAUAAACUUGUCCAUAUCCAAAACCUCUCAUUUCUAUUGAGAUGCCUCAUGGAAAGAAACAUUUUCUUUUAAAUCCUGCACCUAAAGGAGGGAUGAUAUAAUGUACAAUAAAAAGAGAUAGAAGUGGAAUGAGCAGAUUUUAUCCUAAAUAUCAUUUACAUAUAUCAAAUGGAUUUUUGUAUUUAAUGAGUGCAAAAAAGAGGGCUUGUAAUAACACAAGCAAUUAUAUAAUCUCUAUGUCAAGAGAGGAUUUAGAGAAAGGGAAUAAUUUUAUUGGAAAAGUUAGAAGUAAUUUCAUGGGGACUGAAUUCAUUUUAUAUGAUGAUGGAUUAAAUCCUGAAAAAACAAAAGAUUAAUCUAAAAUUAGAUAAUAACUUGGUAUCAUUUAAUAUGAAAGCAAUAUUCUAGGAUCCAAAGGACCAAGAAAAAUGGUGGUAUAAUAUAUUAUUUUUAUUAAGGUAUUAUUACCUAAUUUAGAUGAAAGAGAAUAAAUGUAUGUUUUUAAACCUACUAAUUCAAAGGAUGGAAUACUAAAAGAAUAUUAAAAUAACAAUAGAGAUCAUAUUGUAACAUAUGUUAAUAGACCUCCAUAAUGGAAUAGUAAACAUAAGGCUUUUGUUCUAAAUUUCUAUUAAAGAGUAGAUAAACCAAGUGUCAAAAAUUUCCAACUCAUUGUUUAAAAUAAGGAAGACAAUAUUUUACUACAAUUUGGAAGAGUCGGAAAUGAUCUCUUUAAUUUAGAUUUCUAAUAUCCUAUUACUCCUUUAUAGGCAUUUUAAAUUGCAUUAACAAGUUUUGACUACAAAAUUGCAUGUGAAUGA